AUGAGCAUACUUUACAAAUUCAGGAAAUUUAUAAGAUAAUUUGACUGCACUGGAGCCCCCAUUGCAUUGAACUAUAAUAAUUCCAAUACAUUCAAGACUACACUUGGCGGUUCAAUAUCACAAAUUUAUGAGAGAGAAAAACUAGUAACCUACAAGCAAGUGCAUAAGACUGCCAAUAGAGACGACCAGACAAGUCAUCUGACAAUUGACAACUUUGAUUUUGCUCUAGGAAUUAUUUUCUUCGAUGGACAGAGUCAUUUGUGGGAGAAUUAAGAGGAUAUGACUUCUCUUGGAAUCAACUAAAAUGGAUGGUUUUGUCUUAGUAACAUUGACUUUGUUUUGAAAGGAUAGUUUUCAAGUACUGUUCGAUCAAAUAUAAGAUUCCGUAUCAGACCCUGUGAAAAUAAAACCAAUGUAGAUCUUAAUAAUCUCCCCCCAAGUGAAAUUUGUAUGAGUCCCCAACAAAUAUCUGACCUUCAACAAAUUUCGACCUUUAACUUUGCUUAUCUUCAAUCUUAUUUUGACCAGGAUGAGUUCAAUGGGUCACCAGUCAAACAUGAAAUAAAUAUGGCAUACUUAAACAUGAAAAAUGAUCAAUCUUACGGACUACUUCUUGAAACCACAAAGAAUCAUGUUACCACUUAUGAUAAUUGGCUUUCGAAUUAUUUGACCUCUAGUAGCUAUGAAUUUUAUUCAUUGAAACCUGGUAUGAGUCUUGUUGGAGUUGUGAAACCAAACAUUAAUGAUUAGUUGACUGUCUAUCUUACACAUAGUGAUCAAGAGAUCUUUAUUGAAAGGAAAAUGAUUACUAUCUUAGAUAUUUUUUCAGUAUCUGGUGGAUUUGCCAACACUGUUCUUUUGUUGAGUAGAAUCUGUGCAUUAUUUUACUCUGUUUAAUUAUUCAAAUAAAUGCUAAUAUCAAGGUUAUGCUGGAUCCGUCAAUAAUCUCAGAUAGAUAUUUUCCAUGAUGAUUUAGAAUAUGAUUACAGAGAGCUAAUUAAAAAUGAAAAGUAAAAAAGUAGUGGAUAAUUAAAUAUUAAAGAUAAAAACAGUCCCUCUUUAGGAGAUUAGAACAGUCUUGAUGAAAUAUGA